AGGCUAGCUUAGAUUCAUAUUGUCACUCUCUCUAAAACAUAUAUAUUUCUUUUGGUGUAUUUAUUUUUCCUCUUUCUCUGUUCGCUCGCCAUCUGCUCCCAAAUCUCUCUGUAUUUCAGGCAAGCAUGAACGAGAAGGCCUCUGUAACCAAGGAGCUUAAUGCCAAACACAAGAAGAUAUUGGAGGGGCUCCUAAAACUGCCAGAGAACAGGGAAUGCGUGGAUUGUAAGAGCAAGGGUCCACGAUGGGCAAGUGUGAACUUGGGAAUCUUCAUAUGCAUGCAAUGUUCUGGGAUUCAUAGAAGUCUCGGGGUACACAUAUCGAAGGUACGAUCUGCUACACUGGAUACAUGGCUUCCCGAGCAGGUGGCAUUUAUUCAAACAAUGGGAAAUGAAAAGGCGAAUAGUUACUGGGAAGCAGAACUUCCUCCUCAUUACGAUAGAGUUGGGAUUGAGAACUUCAUUCGUGCGAAGUACGAAGAGAAGAGAUGGGUUCCAAGAGAUCCGCCAUCAAAACCUGCUUCGAAAGUGCAGGGAGAGAAGGGCUCUGGUUUUAGACAGCGACCUGUUGACAAAGGUGCCUAUGGUAAUACAAACAAUCGUGAUCAUUUUACUGAAGAGGCUCAGAGCAUUCCAGCUCACACUGCAAAAGAGCAAACUUCAGGAUCUUCCAGAAAAACUGACCAGAGCCCCUCUGAACAAAAAGCUGAAGCUGUCCACCAUCCACAAGGGGACUCACCACCAACCGAUCAUUCUACAGCCGAUCCUGCAUCUAAGAAAGUUGAUGUGGUCACUGAUCUUUUUGAUAUGCUUUCCACAGAACCCCCAGCUGAGAAUGGCUCAGAUGCAUCUUCUCUAGAUGAUAAUUUGUGGGCAGGAUUCCAAUCUGCCGACGCUACAGAGGUGACUGAGAAACCUAGCCUCACCAACCCAGUUGAUAAUAAGCCUCAAUCCAUGUCUGGAGUUGAGGAUCUGUUCAAGGAUUCACCCCCAAUCUCUGCCAUGUCGCUUGUUCCUGAGAAAUCCCAGAAGGAUGUAAAGAAUGACAUUAUGAGUCUUUUUGAAAAGUCAAAUAUGGUAUCACCAUUUGCCAUCCAUCAGCAGCAGCUUGCUUUCUUGGCCCAACAGCAAUCUCUACUCAUGGCUGCUGCAGCAAGAUCAACUAAUGGGGGGGCAUCAACACCUUCCGGAAUGUACCCUCUACCUGAUUCUAACAACACCCACUUACUUGGGGGAACCUCACCUUUACAAGGCUGGCCAAAUCUCAAUUUUCGUGCUCAAGGAGUGCAGAUGCCAACUUCUGUACAGAAUGACCAACACACGUCAAAUCAGAUGUUAAACAACUCACCUGCAAAUUCUUUUGGGAAUACAAACCCUCUGUUUACAACAAGCAUGUAUAAUAUGGGCACUGCAAUGCCCAGCUCUGGCGGACCAGCUUGGUCUACGGGUAUCUUGGGUGCAUCCCCUGCUUCCAACUCUAAUGGGAGCAACAUGAGGCCACCUUCUGCUUCACCUGUUGCCGCUGGCUCGCCUGCUCAAUCAACUAAAGACUAUGAUUUCUCAUCAUUGACCCAAGGCAUGUUUCCGAAACACUAGCUACCAGGCUCUUGAUACCAUCUUUCAUCAAAUCUACCAUAGUUGUGGGCACUGUGGUUCUUUCUCCUCUUUCGAGAUUGUGAUAAAAUGGGAUGUUGGGUUGUCUCCUCUUUUGGGAUCACGAUAGAAGCAGGUGGGUCUUGGGUUCUUUUGACUUUUUUUUUUGCUUGUUUUAGGUCCUUUCAGAGGCAGGUCAGUUUUCUAUUCCGAUUGCUUCAAAUGUAUUAGUAGAUGGGGAAUGAAAAUUGGGUUAAUUUGCCGGCAUUUCAUGGUGUACAUUGUUGGUGUUUAUUCGUUGUGGGAUCAGUAUAUGGCUUUUUGUUUAGAUUGCCAAGACUUAUUUUCAUUGUAACAUAGAUACAACCCAAUUUGAGUGCUAAAAAAGGAUGAUUACAAGUGAA